CCUCUACUUCACUGACCAAUCAAGCGCCCCCCUCCACCCUACUGGCCACACAGAUGAAACCCAUAGACAUUACCAUCCUACAGAUGAAACCACCCUCACCCCAAAUUAGCCCUCCUGCCCCCACUGCUCCCUCCUCCUCAAAUGUCUCCUCCUCCUCCUCUCCUCCCACCUCCUCCUCUCCACCCAUCUUCUCCCCUUCAAAUGUCACCUCCACCUCCUCUCCUCUCGCUCCCCUGACCCCAAGCACCUCCUCUCUCAGGCCUCCAAAAACAUGCCCCACCUCCUCCUCCUCCAUCUCACAGAUGAAGACCCCCACACCCCAAAUUAGCCCUCCCCCUCCUUCCAUCUCCCCCAACACUACCUCCCCCUCCACAGCCCCCUUCUCCUCCUCCUCUCCCCCGUUGUCUCCCCUGACCACAGUCAGGAGACCCCCUGUACUCCUCCCCAUCUCCUCCCUCUCAGCCUACAUGCCCCAAACCCCUCCUCCCUCCCCCGCUGAGCCGAAACUGUCCCCCCUCACUGACACCACGCCUCCCCCUCCCCAAAUGACUCCCCCGUCCCCCCACCUCCCGUCCACCUCCUUUCUCCCCACCUCCUUCUUCCUGACUCCUCCCCCUCCCCUCCGCCCGCCCUCGACACGUAUCAACAACUCCUCCUCAUCUCCUCUCCCCUCCUCCUCUCCCAGGACCAACCUCGCUUCCUCCUCUCCUUUCAUCUCCUCUUCUCCUCUCUCCUCCUCUUCUCCUCCUCUCACCUCCUCUUCUCUCCUAUCCUCCUCUCCUCCUCACUCCUUCUCUUCUCCUAUGCCCUCCUCCUCUCCUCCUCUCACCUCCUCCUCUCCUAAUACCAGCUCCUUUUCAGCCCUGAGUAACACUACUACCACUCAAACCUUCUCCUCUCUGAGGCCCCCUAAAACCUCCCCCCUCUGCUCCUCUCCUCUCACCUCCUCUCAUCCUAAUGUUACCCCCUCUCCUCCGUCCUCCCCAAACAUCUCCACCUCCUUUUCUCCUCUCUUACUUGCCUCUCCUAACCCCACUCCCAAGCCUCCCUCCUCCUCUCCUAUCACCUCCCAUACCCCAAACACCAUGAACCUCUCCUCCUCUCUAAAUAUUACUCCCUCCUCCUCACUUCCCUCCUCUCAUCCCUCCUCCUCUGCUUCCUCCUCUCUUCUCACCUUCAUGAGACCCCCAGGCUCCUCCCCCCUCACCUGCACUCUUCUCUCCUCCUCUCCUCUCGCCUCUCCAUUUUCCUUUACCCUCAGCCUCCCCUCUCCCAAUCCAAACAGCCUAAACACCUCCUCCACCUCCUCUCUCACCCCAAACUCCUCCACUACCAAUCGAAACACCUCCUCCUCUCCAAACCCUAACACCUCUUCUGCCUCAAAUGUCGUCCCCUCCACCUCCUCUCCUCUCGCUCCCCUGACCCCAAACACCUUCUCUCUCAGGGCUCCAAAAACUUUCCCCAUGUCUUCCUUCUCCUCCUUCCCCAUCUCCUCUUCCUCUCUCUCCUCCCUUCCAAAUACCUCUCCUCUCUCCUCCGCUUCCUCUCUCUCCUCCUCCUCCUCCUUCUCUAGAAUCUCUCCUCCCCAUACCUCCCGCUUUUCUCCUCUCACCUCCUCCCCAGCCCAGACCCCAAGCAUCCUCCCUCCCAUUGCCUCCUCCUCUUCAUCCAUUCCUACCUCCUCCUCUCCUGCAGUUACUGCCCAGACCACAAACACCUCCCCUCUCAUUGCCUGUUUUUUUCCUCUUACCCCAAACCCCAUCACCACCACAACCUCCUCCUCCACUGCUGUCUCCACCUCCUUCUCCUCCACUGCUGUCUCCCCCGCCUCCUCUUCCUCCUCCACUACUGCCUCCUUUUCUGACCCCCAGCCCUCGUCCACCAUCUCCACUCGAAACAACAGCAUCUCUGCUUUACCUACGCCCGACAUCUCAAACGCUUCUGCCCCCGAUACCCCUGACACCUCCAAAUCCACUUCCGAAACCCAAAACGCCUGCUCCUCUCCUCUCAUUACUGCUCAUAUUCCAGACAACACCUCAACCACCACCCCCGACACCACAAACACCCCCUCCUCCAAAACCCAAUGCCCCUCUUCUCUCCCAUCCCCCACUAGUCACUCCCCCCUACCAUGGCCACUCUCAUCCACAGAGAGAGCCUAUCAGGCAGAGGCAGACGACUCACUGGCAGUAUCCCACCUCAGGGAGAAGCAUUGUCUGUUGCGUACAAACCCUUUGAGAAGAGAAGUGGAGAGAGAGAGACACCUUAAACAACAGGAGGAGAUUGAGCACCUGCGUCAGGAGGUUAUGAGUGUGUCAGAGGAGAAAAGGCUUCUGCAGAACACCCUUCAGGAGCUACAGAUACAACUACAGAAAACAAAAUUGUUGACUCCGGCUGAGCAUGUGCAGAAUGUAGAGGUACAGACUGAGCAUGUGCAAAAUGGAGAGGAGCGAGCUGGGCAUAUGCAGAACGUACAGGUGCAGACUGAGCUUGUGCAGAAUGGAGAGGUGCAGACUGAGCAUGUGCAGAACGUACAGGUGCAGACUGAGCUUGUGCAGAAUGGAGAGGUGCAGACUGAGCAUGUGCAAACGAGUCUGAAGGAUCAGCUGAGCUGCCUGGCUGCCAAAGUGGAGACAAUCAAGAAAUUCAGGGGCAGCAAGUCUACAGUUGAGGUGUUGCUGGAGGCUGUGCAGGUUGCCAUUAGCGACCGUAUCCUGACUCCUGUUUCCUUGACAACGCUGGACAGUUUGUGGGCGGGGCUACAGGAUGCUCAGAAGAAGCUUAGAGAUGGAUGCCAGAGUGAAGAUGUAGAGGAGUUGUUGUGUGUGAGGGAUGGUGUGCGUGAGGACCUUCCUGGCGCUCUGGAAACGUUUCUUCAGGAAGCUAGAAAGCUGCCAAUCAUCGCACGUAAACACACACUAGAGGAGGUGCUGGUGUGUGUGUGUGGUGUGUGUGCGUUAGAGGAUGCAGUGGUGUGCGGUGACCCACAGGGAAAGAUGGAGACAGUGGAGCAGCUGGGAGAGUGGAGCAGCAACCAGCAGAAACAAACAACUGCCAUACGACAACACACACAGCACACACUCGCACAACUAUACGGACAUCUCCAACAGCUGCUGUGUGUGGAGGGGGAGAUGUGUGUGGAGGGGUGUAUGUGCGUGUCAGGUGUGUGUGGCCGCCUGGAUACUCUGCUACUGCAGGCGGAAGGAGCUGUGGACCAAGAAGUGAAGACCUCACACACACAGCAGGAGCAGUGUGAGGAGUUCACCAGUAUCCGUCAGAGUCUCCUGCAGCUCGUCCAAUCAGAAGUCAGCCUGCUCACACAGAUCUCAGACAAGCUCAACUUCUACACAGAGGUUCAGCAGGAGUGUGUGAUAUGGAAUGAGGGUCCCCCAUCGCUGGAUGAUCUCCAGGCAAUGAAGAAACAGAUCAAGACUUUGCACACACACCUGAAAUACACACACCUACAAACCACCCUACUGGAGCAGGCAGAGGAGCUGGAUCUGUCGGAGAUCAUGAAGAAGAGAGAGGAGAUGGCAGAGACCAGGAAAACCCUCUUCACACACAUCAACACAGAACAGGGCAUAUACGAGAAGUUAGCGUCGCUAACAGAGAGCUGUUUCCCUGAACUCCCCCUUCUCCACCCCGACCUAGACAUACACACCUUCAUGCGUUCGGGAGGUGUGUUUUUGAUGUCUAUGGAGAGGGAGAUGCUGGACACGGAGCCGGUGAGAGAGCUGAGUGUUAGGAGACCAAUACUGUGCACUGAGUACCUGGGACAGAGAACUCUGCUGAAGGGCUACUGUGUUGAUGAGGAUGGGGAGUGUAAGGUGUUGGAGAGGGUGAAGAGCUUCAGUCAGAUUCAGAAGAGCUGCACACACAACAUAAUGCCACUACUGGGACUCUUCUAUAGCAAGAGUGAUCCCCUGGUCUAUGUGAUGGUGCCGUAUCUGCCGAAAAGCAGCCUGAGAGCAGUGCAGAAGAGAAGUCCACUCAACGCUACCGAGGUCUCCAUGGUGAUGAGGGGCGUGGCUCUGGGUCUGCAGGCACUUCACUCCGCCCACAUUACCCACGCUGCACUGCACCCUGGCAACAUCUUCGUCACGCAGAGACAGCACGGCAUUGUGGGAGAUUAUGACGUCACCAGAACGCCUAAUGUGGCUGGUGUGAUGAAAGCGGGGAGUGUGUGUCUUGUUUCCCCAGAGGUCCAGCAGGGCGGCGCCACCACACCAGCUAGCGACAUGUACAGCUUUGGUGGACUACUGCUCUGGCUGAACCAUCCUGACUUUGAUGGAGCCGUAGAUCCAGACACACAGAUACCGGACACCCAAGCCCUCAACCUGGAGCCCAGUCUUGGCUCGCUCCUGUCAAAGCUGCUAUUUGGCUGUGGCAGGCUAAGUGCUGAUCAGGUAUUAGACGAGCCCUACCUGUCAGCCAAUCUGGAGCCUGCUGUGGAGUAGGGGCGCGGUCAAUAGAGGGUGGGGCUAAUAAAGGGUGUGGCUGAGAGGUGCUCUAGGGUUAGGGUCCCCUUCUUUGAAUUAUAGAUUCUUGUGUUAAACGAAUGAUUGAAUAUGUGUUAAGCAGAUUGUGUGUUAACCAAUUAAUGAUGAUCGUUUACAAAAUAAUGACUGUCGUUUACCCGAUUACAGGAUGAUGUUAACCAGAUGAUAGUACAUUUGUUUACGAAAUUAUGAUGCCCCUAUAUGCCAUUCAUAGGUUUUUGCUUUUGUUUUUAUCAUUUUCUUACCAUAACUGAAGGAGAUUGUCAUUAUUUUGUUACUAUAAUUAUUGGUUGUGCAUAUUGUUGUGUUUCUGAGAGUCUAGUUCGUUCCUGUGUGUGGUGGUGUAGUGUGUUUGACAAGUUUCAUUUGGCCACACAGCAAGGUGUUGAGGACUGGUGUGUGUAUGCGUGCGUCAAUCAGUGCCACACAGGAGAAUAAAGCUGCCUGCAUCAAAACUU